AUGGCGGAUUCAAAGGGUCCAACAGUGACCGCGGUUGCGGUCUUUUUUGCAAUCUGGACCUUCAUCAUCAUAUGUCUUCGGCUCUUCUCACGCAUCUUUGUUCUACAGAAGAUGGGGUACGAUGACUAUCUGAUUGUUUGUGCUUGUCUUACUUCAUGGGCCUUUUCUGGCGUAACCGUUGUGUCGGUGAAGUAUGGGUUAGGUUCGCAUAUCGCGGACGUCGAUCCGAACAAAAUGGAGACUUACUCCCUGAUGGUUUGGAUAAGCUCGAUGUGCUACUUGGCCACAUUGGGCUUCGUCAAGUCGUCCGUUUGUCAGUUCUAUACUCGUCUCGGCGACCGGCUUCUGACCCGACUCUCGGUGUGCAUGUUAGGCGUGAUUGUCACACAGGCUUCUUCGUUUGUCUUGGUGGCAGCAUUUCAGUGUCGACCUAUUGAAAAGGCUUGGAAAAGCACGCUCCCGGGGACGUGUGUAAACAUCAACGUGUUCUACCUUGCGAACGCCGCUCUGAAUAUUCUGACCGAUAUCAUGACAUAUACCCUGCCCCUCCGAGUGAUAUUCAAGCUCCAAGUGCCGGUCAAACAAAAGGUUGCACUGGGGUUCAUCCUCUGCAUCGGGUUGUUUGCCUGUGUCUCGUCGAUCAUUCGCAUUACCUACAUACCUGCCAUGCUGUCUGACCCAGAUUCUACAUGGGUGAUUGCCGAGGCGAUGUAUUGGUCUGUGAUCGAGAUCAAUGCCGGUAUCUUCGCCUCCUCCAUCCCCUCGUUCAAACCAAUUGCCUCCCGCUUUAUUCCAAGACUUAUCGGAGAGUAUUCUCGCGACAAAGGAUACAGUGGUUGGUCCGGCAGCCACGAUGCCAGGAAGUUCUCCGGCUUUUCCAAAGUCCCAGAGCAGAACAUUGGCCUGGACUUCAUGGAUCCUCGACAGCCAGACGGGGACAACAUGAUUGGUACGCAGAUAGGGUAUGGAGGGACGCAGAGUCAGGAACGGAUCAUCCCUCAGGGCAAGAUCUAUGCACAUACAGAGAUCGAGACUAAUGUGGAGGUCAGCCAAGAUAGGUCUUGUCGAACCAUCUCCCAUUCCCCUUGA